ACACCUGCAGGUGUCAUAUCUUCCCAGUAUGGAAAGAAAUCGACCAGGCCUCCUUCAAGAUUCCUACCAGAUGCAUGCAGCCAGUGCCAGGCAAGAGAAACAUGAGAACACUAACAUCCCUAGUGAAAAUAGCACUACCGAGAACAAAUAUGAAAACACCCCCGUCCAGGUGUAUGAGAAUCAUUGGACCAGGAGCCCUCAGAAUAGAUUGAGCACGCUACAAAAUCCUCUGGUCCUCAAUGCCCAGAAUCCGACUGAUGAUGAAGUAGUCCGAAUGAAUAAGAAGCUGGAAGAAAAGAGACAAGAGUGGAAAAAACGGAUGGAGAUAGUGGCAAAAGGAAAGACUGAGCUGUUAAAAGGACAAAAAUAUAGAAAUCAACUCAUGAAUAAGCUUUUGAAGGAGAGCAAAGUCAAAAAGCAGCAGGCCCUGGAAAAGUGGGCGGCAGAUGUAAAAACGAACAAAAUCAAACAGGAAGAGAUAGAAUAUCUGACCCAAGAACUUAGAGACCUCCGUGACAGGAAGCAGAAGAUGAAGAAAAAGAUGGAGAAGUACAGGCCCUUUGAAGACUUCCUGGUGAAAGUCCUUGACAAACUGCCAAAUUGCUUUAGAAGCUGGGAUUUGAACUCUUCCAUAAAGAAAAUCAUGGACCACUAUGAGAUGCUUUCCAACACCAACAAGAGAUUAAUAAAGCAAGUGUCCAGCCUCUCAGAUGCCCGCAAGAAAGCCCAGAAAAAUCUUGAAGCUUUGCAGCUGAAACACGCCAACAGCACACUUGUCCUGAAUACUGAGCUCUCAACUUUGCAAAAGAAAUUGGAUGAGGUCAAGGAAAAAAACAGAGAGAUGAAAAUGAAUGUACAGAUAAAGAAAAGUAUCUCAAAAGAUGGUGACCAACAUCUAGGGACAGCCAUCACUAACCUGGCAGAGCAGUGCCAAAUCCAACAUUAUGGUCCUUUAAAACAAUUGGACUUAUGCUGCAAACUGGAAAUGAUUCAGCAUCUGCUGACUUUCAACAAAUGGCCCGGGCUUCCUGGAUCUCAAGAUCAUGGGGUUGUUUUUCUUCUCAUCCCUCAAGAUUCUUUGGGUUUCUAUGCUUACGAAAGGGAAGGCGAUGAAGAAAAGAGGCAAGAUGCAGCCAUAAUGAAGAAACUGAGGCUGAGAGAAGUGAUGGGACCUUUCCAGAGUCACCGCCCAUAAAUCACAGAAAUAUUCAAACAAGUAACUCUGAGCCCGCUGCUGGGAUUUCAGUUUGGAAACUAGAAGAAUAUUGAAGAUCCAAAGAGAAAGUCAGAGGUUCAGGCUCCAGAGGCAACAAUCCAGCCUUUUGAGACCAGUGACUGCCCAUCACCUUAGUACCACACAAAAAUCUUCCUCUGAGAGCCAACAGAUGAAUGCCCUUCUCAUGAGACUGAAGAGGAGAGAGCCAGCCUCAGUGCAUUGCAUGUACAGGAUGGCCUAUUGCAAAAGGCUUUCCAGAGACAGUUUCAGGUUUGUUCUUUUUCCAGCUAUAGGGAGAAAAUGAAGGACACAGACCCCUCCCCAGCUCCACAGGCUACAACUG